GAAGACAAAGAGUGAGGCAGAGAGAGAGAGUGAGAGAAAUCUGUUUACUUGUUGACAUGUUAAUCAUCAUGACAUGUAAAGUCUGAAGUUACAGGAAGAGGGUAUCCCAUGAAGAUUGGUGUCUCUGUGGAGCUUUUAGGACUUCUUAUUUGGAUCUUUCUCGUGAGGAGGAGAAGGAGUUACGCUACUGAACAUCCGAAUUAUUCUCUUUGUAAAAUCUGUUAUUCAAUUAGCCUGAUAAUUUUUUUUCCAGCUUCAGCCUUUAAUCCACAACUACUAGAACUUUCUCUAUUUCGUUUCUUACUUCUUUUUUAAAAAAUCUGAACACUCGUACUGCGAGGAUGUGGUCUUGUAUUACCGACUUCUUCACGUAUGAAACCACAAAGUCUGUGGUCGUGAAGAGCUGGACCAUCGGCAUCAUCAACCGCGUCGUCCAACUCCUCAUCAUCACCUACUUUAUCGGGUGGGUGUUUGUCUAUGAGAAGGCCUACCAGAUAAGGGACACAGCUGUUGAAUCUUCAGUGAUGACCAAAGUGAAAGGUUUUGGAGUCUACAACAACAAACUGAUGGACGUGGCAGACUACGUCACUCCUACUCAGGGAGCUUCAGUCUUCUGUAUCAUCACCAAAAUGAUCACGACAGAAAACCAGGUCCAAGGAUAUUGCCCUGAGAGUGAGCAGAAGUACAUUUGUUCUCAGGAAAAAGAUUGCACAAAGUUUCUCAACAAGCCGGGAAGUUAUGGAAAUAUCACAGGGAGAUGUGUUGCUUUCAACAAGACUAUCAAGACGUGUGAGAUCAAUGGAUGGUGUCCUGCCGAGAUCGACACCAUCAAGACAACGCCAAUGAUGGAAGUGGAGAAUUUCACCAUUUUCAUUAAGAACAGCAUCCGCUUCCCAACCUUCAACUACACCAAAGGGAACUUUCUUCCUAACAUCACUGACUCGUACAUCAAGAAUUGUAGUUUUGACAUGGUCAACAACACGUACUGCCCCAUCUUCAGAGUCGGAGAUGUGGUACGCUACGCACAGCAGAACUUCACCAAACUGGCAGAUAAGGGAGGAGUGAUUGGAAUAAAGAUCGGCUGGAUAUGUGAUCUGGACAAGUCAGAUGACGAGUGUAACCCCUCCUACUCGUUCACCCGACUGGAUGCCAUGUCAACCAAGAACGAAGUCUCACCUGGCUACAAUUUCAGGUUCGCUAAAUACUUUAAAAUGGAAAAUGGGACGGAUUACCGCGCUCUGGUCAAAGCCUACGCUAUUAGGUUUGAUGUUCUGGUCAAUGGAAAUGCAGGGAAGUUCAACAUGAUCCCGACACUCAUCAACAUGGUCGCAGCCUUCACAUCAGUGGGAGUGGGCACAGUGCUGUGUGACAUCAUACUGCUGAACUUCCUGAAAGGAGCCGAGCAGUACAAGGCCAAGAAGUUUGAAGAGGUGUCGGACAGCCCGCUGCACAACGGAAACGGCUUGUACCGCUCACAGCUGUCGCUUAGACAUAACGAGGCCAUCAUGAGGUCCAGCGACUCGGGAGCGUUUUCUAUUGAACAAUACACCUAAAGCAGCGACUGAGGAAGACAAAUGUGGGUCCAUGGUUCUCUGAAAUGCAACAUAUUGAUUUGUACUAUGUUACCCUGAGAUAUUUCAACAGCUAACAUGAAAAACUAACAAAAAUAAAAAUGAAAAACAGUGAUUUUGCAUGGGGAGACUUUUGGCAUGUGACUGAGCACUAGAACAGAUAUGAAUAUUAGAAGAAAUAAAACCUGA